AUGGAGAACCAAACCACGGUGUCCAAGUUCUAUCUUUCUGGACUUUCCAAUCUGCCGAAGGCCCAGCUUCCGCUCUUCCUGCUCUUUCUAUUUUUUUACUUGAUGACGUUUUCUGGGAAUCUCCUCAUCCUUUACCUGAUCUUCACCGAUGGUCACCUUCACACCCCCAUGUACUUCUUCCUUGGAAACCUGGCUUGUCUGGAUCUCUGCUCUUCCUCCACCACCGUCCCUCGAAUGCUCUUUGAUUUACUCACCAAGAGAAGACUCAUUUCCGUCGCAGAGUGCAUUACCCAGUUCUUUUUUUUCCUCUUUUUUGCCAUCUCAGAGGUCUUCCUCCUGGCCAUGAUGUCCUACGACAGGUACAUUGCCGUAUGCCACCCUUUACAUUACAUGCAAAUAAUGAACCAGAAAGUGUGUGUCCAGUUGGCCUCCGGCGCCGGGUUCCUUGGGUUGGGUUGUUCUUUAGUGCAAACCCUUUGCCUACUGAGGCUGACAUUUUGUGGGCCAAAUAUCCUUCAGAGCUUCUUUUGUGAUCUCCCCCAGCUGCUGCAGCUCUCUUGCACGGACACGUUCAUCAAUAUCAUGGCCAUUUUUCUCGUCGGUGGCCUUUUAGGAUUGGCCACAUUGGUGAUGACUUUCUUUCCAUACGUCAGCAUAUUUACCACUGUCUUUAAGAUACCAGCCAAGGACAAGAGACUUAAAGUGUUCUCCACCUGCACCUCCCACCUGACGGUGGUCUUCAUAUUUUAUGGCACCCUGGUCUAUAAUUACUUCCGCCCCGACACCAGCUAUCGUUUUGCGCAGGACAGGCUGGUGUCUGUGUUUUACACGGUGAUUAUCCCUCUGUUAAACCCUCUGAUCUAUAGUCUGAGAAACCAGGAACUGAAAUCUGCUCUGAAAAGAGCCGUGCGGAGGAUAUUUGUUGCACGUAGAUAAAGGACGCCUUUUGUCUUCUAUCAAUUCCGUGGCUUUUAUAGUAAAAAUAGUAAAAUUUAGAUAAGAAACAUCAUUCCGCACC